AUGAAGGCUUCUCAGAUUGUUCUUGUUUUUCUGUUUUGUGGAGUUUGUAAAUGUGUGAGCCCAUCUGGGUCGGCACCGAACCAAGUGCCAAAAACACAGGCUUCUGACGCAGUUACAAUUAAUAUAGAUCGUGAUAUUGAUAAAAAUAAGAUAACCCUAUAUAAAGAUCAGCUUAAUGGCUUGAAUUACAAGAGAUAUACUCCAAAGGAGGGUAUACGCAUAGUAUCCGUAGUGGAUUCCAGAGGUAGUAUUUGGAAGGCUAGGGGUAAUGAAAGCUGCACAGGUGUACAUACAGGUGCUAAAAAAGGUUUUAAUACAAUUAUUCGUGUUAGUAUAGAAAAUGGUGCUAAUGAGCUCUCUAAAUACUUUGACAACAAUGGAAUCAGCUGGACACCAAUUACGGGGGCUAGAUUCAACCAAAAGUUUGAAGAGAUGAAAAGACCAGCUCCAUCAUGCCAAGCACGAGCGGUAGCGGUAGAAACUAAAAUAGAAUCUUCAAUAACAAAAAGUGGAGACCAGCCUUUGGAGAAUUGCGGUUGUUACGUAGAUUUGGUCAAACUUGAGACAUUUGAUAUGACAAAUAUAAAUCCACAGAAUUUUUGCACAAUUAAAGAUAGCUUUUCUGGUAUUAAUAGCAUAGCAUACUUCCCACAAUAUUGUGUAAAAAAAGUUGUGGAUGGUAACAAUCUUGUUUGGCAAACCGGAAAGAAUGAGAAGAAUUGUACAAACAUUGAAUUUUAUUCCAACAAAUCUAAAACCAUUCUAGUUUUACUUAUCAACAAAAGCCCUCACCCUAACGAAUGCAAGCUAUUUCAGCAUGUGGGUAAUGGGAAAUGGGAAUCCAUCCCCGAUUCAGAAUUUGAGAAUAUCAUAGAUAGCAUGAAAAACAAAAAGGUUGAAAAGGAAUGUCUCAUGUGUAAACGAAACGUGGAUAUAAGCUGA